AUGGCUCCGCCACGAGGUCGUGGUCGUGGUCGCGGUGGUCGCUCAACAAGAGGAAGGAGAGGUCGCAUUACAGGCCGAGGGAACGACUUUGCGACAUCGCGAUUGCAAGAAGUAGACUCAGACGAAUCGUCUGGUGAAGAUGCGCCGAACGAUGCAGCUAUGGAGGAGGUGGACAUGGGAGAUGACACGCUGAUGGAUGAUGCCUCAUCCAGCAGUGACGAAGGAGAAGACGAUAAUGCCGGGCGCCCCUACAACGAACUACUCGAAAUCCUGCAGGCCAACUCGGACAAUAAAGGACCAGCACGGAAGAAGAGAAAACUUGAGAGUGAUAACAAACGGGAGGAACCCACCACAUCAAUUGCUGUCGAGGAGGACGAACAGGCGGACGACGCACUUCUAGAACAAGCUCCAUCUGAAGAUGAGGAAGACGCCCAGGCAGAGAAUGAUGACGACGACGAUGAAGAAGUGGUGGGACCAUUUGAGAAGCACUUCAGCUCGUCAGACGGAGAUGAUUUAGCCCAGAGGAUACAAUCGAUCGAAGCCAACAAGUGGUCAUCGGUGAAGAAAGAAAUUGACGGGUUGCGAGUGAUCAAAAACAAGUUGAAACCUCGUGCCGCCGAGCUUCUUCCUAAGAUUAAUGGCCCUGCGCAACAAGUGGCACCCUAUGUGUUCGAUUAUCAGGACAUUCUCUACGGUGCACGUACCGCGGCCAUGGCCGAGGACAUGCGUGACAUCAUGGCUCUUCACUGCGUCAAUCAUAUCAUCAAGACCCGAGACCAGGUCCUGAAGAACAAUGCCCGUUUAGCGAAGGACCCCGACACCGACGUCGAGUAUCGGGACCAGGGGUUCACUCGUCCCAAGGUUCUCUAUAUUCUCCCCACCCGACAAGCGUGUGUGCGGGCAGUCAACGCCAUCACUCGCUUUUAUCAGGUCGAGCAACAGGAGAACAAAAAACGUUUCACAGACACAUUUUCCGGGCCUGACGAUGCAGGCUGGGAGAACAAACCGGAUGACUUCCGCGAUCUCUUUGGCGGCAACGAUGAUGAUAUGUUCCGACUGGGGUUGAAGUUCACCCGUAAGACGGUCAAGUAUUUUGCACAAUUCUAUAGCUCCGACAUUAUUCUCUGCAGCCCGUUGGGUCUUCGGACGAUUAUGGACCAAGCCGAUGAAAAAAAGCGAGAUCAUGACUUCCUCUCUUCCAUUGAAGUUGUUCUGGUCGAUCAUGCCGAUGCUCUUCUGAUGCAACUUUGGGACAAUGUCCCCUACAUCUUCAAACACCUCAACCUCCAGCCCAAAGAAGCGCAUGGAUGUGACUUCAGCCGUGUCCGUAACUGGUAUCUGGACAAUCACGCACGCUACGUGCGACAGACUGUCCUUUUAACCUCUCAUAUCACCCCGGAGAUCAACUCCCUGUUUUCUCAUUCCAUGCAGAACGCAUAUGGGCGCGUGAAAUUCAACCCCACAUACGCCGGUGCCAUCACCGAGAUUCCCUUACCCGUGUCGGUCAAACAGACCUUCUCUCGUAUCGACAGUCUCUCUCCUCUGAAGGAUCCCGACACCCGCUUCAAACACUUCACCACGACUAUCCUCUCUACCUUGGUCAAGAAUAUUACGACGGGCCGCGGGAAGAGCGGCGCCGGCACCAUCAUUUUCAUCCCCUCCUAUCUCGAUUUUGUCCGUGUCCGCAAUCACUUUGCCCAGUCGGCGCAGACGACCAAUGUGUCUUUCGGGGCUAUCUCCGAGUACACCGAGGCGCGAGAGGUGAGCCGGGCCCGCAGUUAUUUUAUGAACGGGCGGUACUCCGUUCUCCUCUACACUGAGCGAGCCCACCAUUUCCGCAGAUAUCAGAUUCGUGGGGUUCGCCGGGUGGUGAUGUACGGUCUACCGGAGAAUCCCAAGUUCUACGGGGAGAUUGUUGGAUUCUUGGGUCUGGAUCCUGCCGCGGUGGUGGAGGCUGCUGAGGGCGGUGUUCGUGCGCUGUUUUCGAAAUGGGACGCCCUGAAGCUGGAGCGAAUUGUGGGAACUUCUCGUGUUGGGAAUAUGCUGCGCGAGAAGGGUGGUGAUACUUUCACAUUUGUAUAG